UUCUGUUGUGGUACCAGCACAGAAAUGGAGUCUGGAGGGGUAUUGGCCGUGAUUUUAGUACUAAUACAGGGUAUCCUAAGUUUGCCGAUGUCCGGGAACGGCUGCCUCGGGUCGAACUUGUACAGCCCUUACGGCUCAUCCCUCUACAUUCCCACAGUAGCGACCGGGAACGGCCAGGCCACGGUCACCUCCUUACCGAAUUGCUUUAGCCCCGCAACGGGGUUUCCGGACUACGGCCCCGUCCGCACUAACCAAGUGACGCCCCUGGUCACCGAGAUCGUGCCUUCUCUGCAGUUCGGUGACAUUUCGGUCACAGGGGACAUGCCGAUAGGCGGCACGAUAAAAGUGAGCGGUUGCUUCCCGGUUUACGGCACGGUCGCCGUCGAUGGUAACAUGCCGUCUUCUGGUAAGGCUGUCAUAAAUACUGGCGGCGGUUUCGUCACUCAAUACAUAGAUCCUUCAUGUGGAUGUGGACGUCUAUAGGAACUUUAAGACGAUCGAUAGACAUUAAUCAUAAUAUUUUCGCUCAUAAUUAGACGCUGUCUGAACGUUGUAUGUAAUUUUGGAUUUUCUAAAACUACAAAAAAAAAAGAAGAAAAUUUAAUAAUAAAAUUAAGCAAAAGACUUGUCGUGAUAGAACCUUAAAAUUCACACCACGUUUUAAAUGAUAAGCAUCUUUCUAAUUCACUAGAAAGCUUGUGAGUGGUGUAACUUGUUUCCAAUGACGACCAGACAGCGGCUAACGACAAAAGCUUUAUUUAAUAACGAACUUGAAUGAGGCGGACUGAAAGCGCGAUGUUAUUUUUCAUACAAGACUCGAUUCGGCGUAUUCGGGAUACAAAACUUCAACUGACAUUGUCAAGGCAUGUCGAAUUACGCCAGUUGCUCGUUAGGUGGUCAACGAAUAUGCGAAAAAAAUUAAAUCGAUAUCAGGUCGCUUAUUACCCUAUGGCUCGAAACUAGUAAAACUGCAGCGAAAAAUUGUGGAAAGACAAAAAAACGGAAACUUAGGUUAAUGAUGUAUUAAUUAUUAUAAAUAAAACAUGUUUUUUUUA